UUUCUCUCAGCAUGACUAUAUAAGCAUCACUGGUUACCUGAGUGUGUUAUAUCAAGAAAGAAGAGACUCCUGAUUAAAGUGUGUGAACUAUGGCUCGUCAGACUGAAGUGGCGUUGCUUCUUCUUUUCGUCUUGGCAGCAACAGCCUUCGCAACUGAUUUUGAUAAGAUCGUGAAAGAAGCUGAAGGGCAUCAAGUAAACAGCAAAUGUUCCACAUGUUGUCCAACUGGCUGGGUGAAGUAUGAGAGACAUUGCUACUUGUAUCAGGCCAACAGAAUGGACUGGGCUUCUGCUGAGAAACACUGCCUUAAUCUUGGCGGACACUUAACCUCAAUUCACAGUGAAAAUGAAUACCAGAUGAUUAAGGCCGUUAUUCGUGCUCAUGACCGCCAGGAGAAUCCAACAUGGAUUGGGCUAAAUGGCUGUCAGAAGAAAUUUAACUGGUUUUGGUCUGAUGGCUCCAAAUUGACUUUUACUAAGUGGAAUCCAAUUGAACCAAAUUUUAAAGAUCAAGAAUGCUGUGUGCAUAUGAACUGGGAUAGCACGAAGAACUGGAAUGAUAUUCCAUGUAAGCUCAGCUAUCCCUUUGUGUGUGCCAGGAAAAUUUAA